UGCUUAACGAACACCAUGAAGAAGAAAGAGAGAGGAAGGAAAAACAAGGAUCAGUUCCCAAUCCCCAAACGCUUUGCGAAAUGGAGUAGCGUCUGCCGCCGCUGGGAACUACAAGUCCAGAGAUGCUCCGCAGCAACAACUUCCGGCCCUUCACCCGCCAUUCGCCUUGAAUUUAAAGGAGCCGCCGGGGGGCGCUUCCGGUUGUGGGCGGAGUCAGCUCCCCUCUCUUCGCUAUUCAAGAUGGCGGCGGGCGGUCUGUUCGGCGGCCUUUUGAGGCGGUCGGUCCCCGUGGUCCUUGGCCGGUCCCGGAGGGCUUUGUGGGGGCUGUCCAGAAAAGAAAGAGAGCCGCCUGUGAUGGAAGCAGCAGAAGAGGUAAAGGAAGAGCCCACCCUGGCAUGCCCCCCGCCUCCGAGCCGCAAAUACCUCCCGCCCGAGGAUCUCGAGAGUCGUCUUGAGUCUCUUGUUAAGGAAGUCUUUGGGGCAUCCCUUCCCGCAGACUGGCGAAAAGCCACACUGGAAAAGAGUCAACUGAAGUUUCAUCUGCUAGCCCAGCUAGCUGAAGAAUUGGGCCACGUGGUGCCCAACUCCAGGCUUCACCAGAUGAACAGCGCCCAGGACGUUCUCGCUUUUUAUAGCAUUCCUGUCCAGGACCAAUCGAAGUUUGAUGAGCUUUGUUCCAGUGAGCUCCCUGCCAACCUGAAAAUCACUUGGGAAUACUGAGCUGCCUAGAGGAAGCGGCACCUUCCCCGAAGGUUUUUUGGCAAAAGAUCCACCCUCGAGUCUGUAUUUAAGUGUGCUGUUUUUUUCUAAAAUGGGGUGACUUUUCUUUGGACACCAGGGCAUCUUGGUCCCAUUGGGUAGUGCUAAAUCUGAAGCAGUGCCAACUUUACGUAAAGGAUUAGCAAGUACAAAGUGUAGGCUGAGCAAGAUUGUCUGAAGAUUUGAGAAGCAAUGAAAAAAAGGCAAAUAAAACUGUAAUCCUUAGAAAAUGACAAUAUAAUUCAUUCAUUUCUUCCAGGAUUUGGUGAAAAGGAAUGAAAUUCUAUUCCAGAUUUGGUUCUCUGGAAGUCAAAUGAUCAGAAUCCUGAAAUGCAUGUUUUUUUAAAAAUAAACUCACUAUUAAAUAAAAUAAAUCACCAAGAAUAUUUAACAUGCA